CGCAUCUCCAUCUCGCCUCCGGUCCCAUCUCUCCUGCAGACUCCGUCGCUCCUGCAGGCUCCGUCUCUCCUCUGGCAUCCACCGGUCAAUCUCGCAAGGUCGUCGACACUUGAUCAUAGCCGCCACCCACUUGCCCACCAUGAACACCACCGACAAUACCGGGCACGAACCCACGCACUCCACACAGCUCUCUGCCGACACCUCCAUGGCCACGAUCGUCGGCAACAACCACCCGUCGCUGGACCCACAGCAGCUGGAGGAACUCCAAGGCAUAGCGCCGCCACCCAUAAUCAUCCUCGAGUGCAUCGACGGCUCGUUCGAGACCAAGGUUCUCGACCUGCGGAACAAAAUCAAGAUCGGCCGCAAGGUCAGUCCCCAGGCCAGCUCGGACCCCAGCAACGGCAUCUUCAAUUCCAAAGUCCUGAGUCGCAACCACGCCGAAAUCGAGUACAGGGCCGGAAAGGUCCUGAUCCGCGAUGUGCGUUCGUCCAACGGCACCUUCGUCAACGGCAAUCGUCUGAGUGCCGAGGGCGUGAUGAGUCCCGACCGCGAGCUCCGCACAGGCGAUCGUCUCGAGUUUGGAAUCGAUAUCAUGGAGGACGACAAUGUCACAGUCCUCCACAAGAAGGUGACCUGCCUGGUCCAUAUCCACAACGCCAACGAGGACCUUUACACAAGCAGCUCGACCGGUUCCACUGGGUUCUUUCAAACUUUGCCCGCGAACUACGAUGCAGAUCCGUCGCUCCGUCAGCUCCAGGUGCGAGACACGAGCGCCGAGAGCUAGAAGAAGCACUUGAUAUCAUGGGAGAGUGGCCAACUCCGCUGCACUUGAUAACACGGGAGAGCAAACAGCCCCGUUGCAUCCCCACGGCGAUGCCAUAGUUCACGCUGUGUGUGGGUGGCUCGUCCUCUGUAGAUCGCACGCUAAAUCUCUCC